AUUUAUAGUACAAAUAAUUUUAUAUACAUAAUAUGACUAGUACAGAAGAAAAUAAAAUAAAAUUCAAAAAGGGAUCGAGAAAAUCAGUAAGAAAACGACAGGUUUCAUCAGAUGAAGAUGACAAAAAUGAAGAAACAUCUGUUAGGGAAAAAGUAGAAGAGAUGAAGAUUAUACAAAAACUUCGUGAACGACCAAAAGGUGUAAAUGUGGUUGGAUUAGCACUUGGAGAAAAUAUAACACCUGACGUAAUGACGUCAGAUCCUUUUAAUGUAAAAACUGGAGGAAUGGUAAACAUGACUGCUUUAAAAAAUACAAAGUUAAAACAAAAUGACGCAUAUGAAACUGGAAUUGGCACACAGUUUAAUGCAGAAACUAAUAAACGAGAUGAAGAUGAAGAAAUGGUAAAAUAUAUUGAGGAAGAAUUAUCAAAGAGGAAAAGUAAAAAUGAAGAUAAAACUGAAAAUGGACCAAAUAAUGACAAAGGAUCCUAUUGUUCACCAGAAGAAGCAGCUUUGCAAGCAGUACCUGAACAUUUAAGACAAAGUUCUGCACAUAGAAGUGAAGAAAUGCUUUCAAAUCAAAUGUUAUCUGGUAUCCCAGAAGUCGAUCUUGGAAUAGAAGCAAAAAUUCGUAAUAUUGAAGCUACAGAAGAAGCUAAAUUAAAAUUACUUUGGGAUAGACAUAGAAAAAAAGAUGGUCCUUCACAAUUUGUUCCAACAAACAUGGCUGUGAAUUUUGUACAACACAAUAGAUUCAAUAUAGAAGAUACAGAUUUCCAGAAAUCAAAACAAGAUUCUGAUGACAAGAAAAAGGUAACUGCUCCUAGAGAUGAUUACAAAGGAAAAAGGAAAGAUAACGGAGAAAAAGCAACUGAUGACUAUCAUUAUGAAAGAUUUAAAAAACAAUUUAGAAGAUUUUAA